AUGAUGACAUGCACAGGUCUUCGAACUCUCAUGAAUAAUAUGUUGAUCUAUGGAUCUGUGGUUGAUGGGAUUGGCGGUAACUUCCCUCUAAACACGGCUAUAAUAAAAGUGACCAGACCGUUGUCAAGGCCGAUUACCAUGGUAGCUGCAACAUAUGCUGACGGUUUUCAGUAUGGCGUCGGGAAGCUUGGCCGUAAACUGGUCGCCGGAGAACACCACGCCAUGUCGCAGAUGGAACGCAUAGUGCCGGACACGGUCCCUGGACCCAUCGCAUGGGGUCGGCUCCAACUUCCAGCAGCUUCAAGUGAAGGUUAUUUUUACUUAACGCGCUUCGUCGACUUUGAGGAAUCCGGCUUCCCCGAUAUUUCCGCGACAGUCAAAAUCGUGGCAAGGCUGCAUGCCUCGGGUCUGGGAACAUCUGACGAAUUUGGUUCACCAAUUCCCAUCUAUGAUGGCUUGCUCUGCCACGUUGGAGGUUGGGAGAGGGAGUGGACGACUCUCUUCAAAAUGCUAUGGCAGACUUCUUCUCUGGACAGGUCAAUCAACGGACCGCAAAAAGAACUCGACAUUGCCAUCUACCACACCCUCACACAAGUAGUUCCCAGGCUGCUGGGGUAUCUGAACCAAUUAAUGGGAGGGAUUACGCCGUGUUUUGUUCACGGGGAUCUUUGGGAGGGGAACAUCGGGAAGGAGGUGUCGACCGGGAAGCAUUUCAUAUUCGACUUGAACGGGUAUUAUGGGCACCAUGAAGUCGAGCUCGCGUACUGGAAGACUCUGCACCACAAUAUGCGCUCCCGAGAUUACUGCACAGAGUACUUCAAACAUAUGCGGCCAUCCGAGCCGGCUGCCGAGGUCGGCGAUCGGAUUAAACUUUAUGGUAUCAAAGCCUACUUGAAUUAUGCCGCCCAUGAGCGUCAGCGUGCAAUGAGAAUGAGGUAG